AUGGACAAUAAUGUACGCCAGAUCGAACGAUCAAUGUUUCGUACAUGGCUAACUAUAAAUUACUGGGUUAUUUACAUCAUCAGUUUAAUAGCAUGUAUUUUUUUCUUGUUUUUGGCCAUUGUUGCACUAGUUCCACUCUAUGCAUCAUCUCAAAAUUCUAAUACAUCGGUCAGAUCUCGUGAUUAUCAAUAUUCAAUCGCAUUUACUGCUAUUUAUUUUCUUCCAAACAAUAAACACGAUCAUAUUAUCAAGGGAACUAUAGAAGAUAUAAAUUUAAUCUCUAAAGAAUAUCAAAAACGUAUUUAUUCUUCAAUUCAUCAUGAUCUAAAAUAUCGAUCCAUGAAAAUUUUAAACGAACUAAAUGAAGAUGACUACUUCGAGAAUGCUGAUAAAUGUGGUAAAACACUUAAUACACGUGGAAUAAUUUUUAAAAUUGGUCUUGAAGUAACAUAUCCAACUGAUAUCAAAUGUCAAUUACCAGAAUGUGUACAACAUUUCUUUUCAAUAAUCCGUAAAGAACUUCAACGUAUGAACACAUUACCAGUUCAACAUAAGAAUAUACUAGAAAUUCAACUUAAUCUAUGUACAGUUGAAAAUUAUUAG